UUCCUGCUCCUUGUCACCUUCCCUCACUCUCCUCGGAGAGGUUCUCACGGAAAGGUAAUAAACCGACAGGCGGGGCGGGGCGGGCCGGCGGGGCAGCGCGCCCCGAGCGCGGCUCUCCCGGGACCGCCGGGCCCCACUCCGGGGCCACCGAGGUGCCCGCGCAGCCUCGCCACCCGCUCUCGUCUUCCUACGCGGAGCCAGGAAGCUCCCUACUUGGGGGCGGUGGGUCUACGUCCACCCAUUUUCCCGGCGCGCGGAGGCUGACCCUUGCGCAGACUGCGCGCGCGCGCUGCGGGGGGUUUCCCUCUCCAGACAGGUGUGUCGGCACAGGUGUACCCAGACGGCCCGACCUGAGGACUCGAGCUUUGGAGGAGCCAGACUAGCGCGGAGCGCCCGGGCUCUGAGCGCUCACGGCCGGGAGGGGAUGGAGACGCCUCCCUUUGGGGCGCAGGCGAGAGCCGCGGGGCCCCUCCAGCCAGGCGCAGCAGCGGGACCCGUGGCACCGCUGCACUGAGAGUGUCCCAGGCACUCGGCAGCCCCUCGCCGAGGUGCGGGCUGGGCGGGCUCCGGCGCCCCACGCCCCUCCCUCCUCCCGCACCCGCGGGCCCGCCCCGCCGCUUUGAUGGAGGUGCAAACAUUUGGGGCAGGGCGGGGGUGUAGGGGCUGGGCCGGAGCCCAGGAUUUACAGGAAACUGGCGCGCAGGAGCCCAUUGUUGGCCCCCGGCCCGCCCGGCCGGGUCUGAUAUGGCCGCGCACGGCCAAUGGGCUGCUGUCCGGCACUUCAAAGGGCCGCGCUGCCCAAUCCGCCGCGCCCCCUCCGCGGCUGCCGCGGCGCUAUUUAUGGGGAGGGGACCCGAUUUCUCUCUCCAGAGACCCACUCUAGGCGCGCCCCUACGGGAGUUCAAGUGGAAUAACCGGCCCCCCACCCCUCUCCCCUUGCCCCCUCCCCCCCAUCCCGGCCCUCUCCCACGCCCUGGGCGCUGUGGCCAGGGCGCCGUCGCGGGUCUCGACCCGCCAAGCGGCCCCCUGUUCUGAAGAGGGGCUGACGGUGGCUGUCCGGUAGCGAGUCGGGGUUUCGGGGUCGAGGGGAGGGCGGGCGGGAGGAUGGGUUCCCCGGGCGCAGAGAGCGCGGGGAAGAGCCUGCAGUACCGCGUGGACCACCUGCUCAGCGCCGUGGAGAGCGAGCUGCAGGCGGGCAGCGAGAAGGGCGACCCCACGGAGCGCCAGCUGCGCGUGGGCCUGGAGGAGAGCGAGCUGUGGCUGCGCUUCAAGGAGCUCACCAACGAGAUGAUCGUGACCAAGAACGGCAGGCGGAUGUUCCCGGUGCUGAAGGUGAACGUGUCGGGCCUGGACCCCAACGCCAUGUACUCCUUCCUGCUGGACUUCGUGGCGGCCGACAGCCACCGCUGGAAGUUCGUGAAUGGGGAGUGGGUGCCAGGCGGCAAGCCAGAGCCUCAGGCACCCAGCUGCGUCUACAUCCACCCCGACUCGCCCAACUUCGGGGCGCACUGGAUGAAGGCGCCUGUCUCCUUCAGCAAAGUCAAGCUCACCAAUAAGCUCAACGGAGGCGGCCAGAUCAUGCUGAACUCCUUACACAAGUAUGAGCCCCGGAUUCACAUCGUGAGGGUCGGCGGUCCGCAGCGGAUGAUCACCAGCCACUGCUUCCCCGAGACGCAGUUCAUCGCCGUGACCGCCUACCAGAACGAGGAGAUCACAGCUCUGAAGAUUAAAUACAAUCCAUUUGCCAAAGCUUUUCUGGAUGCAAAGGAAAGAAGCGACCACAAGGACGCGAUGGAGGAGGCUGGAGACGGCCAGCAGCCGGGGUACUCCCAAUCAGGGGGGUGGCUCAUCCCCGGACCCAGUGCCCUGUGCCCGCCUGCCAGCCCCCACCCGCAGUUUGGAGGUUCCCUCUCUCUGCCUUCCGCUCAUGGCUGCGAGAGGUACCCGGCCCUGAGGAGCCACCGCUCAUCGCCUUACCCCAGCCCCUACGCUCACAGGAACAACUCUCCAACCUACCCCGACAGCUCCUCUGCCUGCUUGCCCAUGCUGCCGUCCCACGACAGUUGGUCCAGCCUGGGGGUGCCUGCUCACAGCGGCGUGCUCCCCGUGAGCCACAACGCCAGCCCGCCCGCCGGCUCCAGCCAAUACCCAAGCCUGUGGGCUGUGAGCAACAGUGCCAUCACCCCCGGCUCCCAGACGGCUGCCGUGUCCAGCGGGCUGGGGGCCCAGUUCUUCCGAGGCUCGCCCGCACACUACGCUCCCCUGACCCACGGCGUCCCGGCCGCCUCCUCGGGCUCCCCGCUCUACGACGGGGCUGCCACGGUCACAGACAUUCCUGACAGCCAGUAUGACGCCUCGGCCCAAGGCCGCCUGCUAGCCUCAUGGACGCCCGUGCCGCCUCCCUCCAUGUGAGCCAAGCCCGUGUCUUCCAGGACACAGAGGCCUUUGGGGCUGCCAGUGCUGAGCGGAUCCAGCCCCGGGGACAGGACGGCAGCCCCGAGGAUCAAGGGAUUGCAGCCAGGGUCAGCGGCCUGUGAGAGCCGUCCACUUGGAGCCCCACCGUGCCUUGCCGGGGUCUGCUGGCUGGCAGCCUGGCAGCCACGUCUGGACUGCGGGCCGUUGGCCUGGUUCCCCGCUGUUGAUGGUGACAAGACUUCUUGCACAGCUCUGAGGGGCCUCGCCGUGCGCUGGCUCUGUUAGUGAGGCGACAGCACCCUGUGGCUCCCUUCCUUGUUGCGUUCCGUGUAGUUAGGGCGGGCUGUUCUGGACAGGAGGGAUCGUAGCUGGGGACAGCAGGCUGUAGUUGCGUUGUGCUCACUAGCGGGUGUUCAUCUGAAGCAUAUGUAGCGAACCUCUUGUAUUGUGAAACCUACAACUGUUUUAUAUUUUCCUUUUGACAAAGUAGCCAGAGACAAUCAGCAGAAAGCAUUUUCUGCGAAAUAAAGGCAAUAUGCAAAGUUUGGUUGCU